CAGAAAGGCUGGCCCUGUGGGCGUGGCCCCUGAGAGGCAGACUCUGUGUGAAUGAGCUUUCAGCUGGUGUUAGAAAGAGCGGGUCAUUUAUCUUUUAUCAUCAUUAACCUCUCAGGUUAACGAGUAUUGCCUCUCCACUCUGGACAACAUCUGUCCUUUCAGAACCAGAUCAGUUCCUGCAGUAAACUCCCAGGCUCAAUUACAGCAUUUGCAGCCUGUGUAUGAAAACACGUCUCCCCGUCCACCUUCUGACAUCCGUUAACUCUGUAGUCAGAGAUGCGAGGGUUGUCUAUUACUCCAACCUGGUGUCGCAGAGACAAAGUCAGUAAGGUAAGAUCUAGCAUCUCUCUUUCAGCCUUAUCUCUCCCAACCCCAACCCGACCCAUGACCCUAGAAAGUUUAGCUCGUGUUUAUUUGCCUGAGCUAGCAUGCCCCUUCGACACUUUCCCCUCAUCUGUGUUUAAAAAUGACACCCCCACUGUGGGAUUAACCCUCUUAUUCCCGUAACCAACUCAUUGGAUCUCUAACUUUUUUCUUUACAUCAGCCUCUUUUGGUUGAGAGAUCGGUACCUCCCUGGGAAAUAAAUUCAUUAUUCUUCUCGUCUCUGGAUUAAAAGAUCUUAACACAAAAGCUUCUUCCCUUUCUUGUUUCAAAUAAUCCUCACUUUACUGCAGCCUUCUGAUGUGCCUGAGUUCAGCCAUUUUUUCAUCUACCUUUAAUAAUUUCUCGUCUGUUUUCUUUAGUUCCCCUGUCAUGUUUUCACAAAAACGCAUCUUUUCUUGAAUUAAAAUAUUAUAUCUAGCAUUAUCUUUUCCCAAUGCAGCCUGUUUUCCAUCAUUACUUUGUGUUGAGGCGUCCUUCAAAGCUAGCUGACUCAUUUUAUGUAACUGGCUGAUCUUCGUUUCUCUAUCAGUCUCAGGUCUGUUCGGAGGUCGCUCAAUCUUUUUUGUGUCAAAAUCGCGUUUUUCUUUUAAUUUUCUGUAAACGCUCAGGUUGUCAUUUUCCUUUCUGAGCGCUGCUAUUCGACUGUCAUUCUCUAAAACGAGUUUAUUUAGAGCAGAAAUCUUUUGAUGGAGGAUUUUCAUUUCUGCAUCAUGUUUCAAGCCUCUCUGUUGCAUAUUUUCUGCAUGUUUGGCUUCUCGUAUUUUAUACUCAAAAGCAGAUUUUUCUCUAAAUGCUGAAAUUUCAUCUUUCACUUUCUGAAUUUCUCUCUCAGUUUGGCUUAUUUUGUUUUUCAACUCCCAGUUGUAUUCUUCUAUAUCGUAUUGCAUUUUAAAAUCGCGUCGAGUGCUCUGACCAACAAUGACUUGUAGUAAGAAAUGAUGUUCUCUGUAUGAAGUAUCAAAGCUUAUGAUCACGUGCUUCUAUGAAGCGUUCUGAUCUGCCUUGCUGACGCUUGCUCAGAGGUUACUAGAGGUCGCAACGUUCUAAUUUGCAUAUUCAUGACGCAAUUGCGUUGGUUACGUGAACAUUUGCGCCUGGUCACGUGAGUCGAGUAUGAGGAAAAUGAAAGUGUGAUUAUCGCACAAAUCUUUCGGCAAACGUGUUCUGCUGGAAAUACGCGGAUUAAUUGCUCGGGUUGCAGGCACGGAUCCCCGUUUCUGUCAACUUUGAUCUCAGCAGCUGGAGCGGGGAUAAAGACGCGCUUCUUCAGAUAAAAGUGAGCCAAAGCGCGUUCCUCCUCCAGUAUCACCGAAGCCUCGCGGGCCUCCGACAGCUCCCAAACCCGGCAAAGCUGUAGCGUCUCCAGUUACCAUGAGCCCGGCUGCAGCCAGUCCCACCUCGGCCCCUAAGCCUUCCUCUGUAGCCCCUCUUCCAGCUCUUGACACCCCCUCCGGCCCCUGUCUGUCUCCGGGACUCCCUCCUACUUCCCCGUCUCCAGCUCAGAGUCCCUCCACUCCGUCGCCUCACCCCGUCAAACCUCCUCGCUCCUCCAUCGCUGGCCUCACUAUUGACCUCCUGGCAGGAAGGGAGGUGGAGGAGGAAGAGGAGGGGAGGAGAGAGAAGGAGGCAGAACCCGAGGAAGCCUUUAAGGAGGGAUGGAGCGAAGGAGGAGAUGGUGGGUCACGUGGAGGAAGGGGAGAAAGAGGGAGAGAUUCAGAAUCGUUUGGAGGAGACCAGCGCCUCCUUGGCUGCAGCUCUGCAGGCUGUAGAGCACAAAAUAAAGGAGGAGGACAAGCCAAAUGAGUGAGUAUGAAGUCAUGCUAGAGAGUAGAAUCAAAUAGAAUCCUCUACAUAGGAUGUCCGGGUAAAUAAAACACAUCACAUUAUCUUUUUGUUUUCUGAAAUAAACAAGUCUAAUAUGAAAUUUCAGAAAUUAGGUCUGGAUGAGGGGCAAAAAUCUAGAAAAUCAUCUUUACUUCCAGAUUUCCCCCUUUACAUUACCUAAAACUAAAAAACUCAAAUGAAGAAAACAGUCAUUGUCCAGAUGGUCUAAUCGAUUUUUACUUUCUUUAUGAAGCUCCAUGGCAGCCAUGACACCUAAUAAAAACAUGAUUUCUCAUGUACUUUACUGGUCUUUGUAAAACGUCAUUCUCCUAUAAAAUGAAAACAAUUGUAAAACAUGAGUUUUUUAAGUAUAAACAAUAAACAAAAAUCAUGAUUUAUAUUAUUAUUUUGGGAUUUAUCAUUACUUUUUGUUGAUCUUUACAAUUAGUCGACUCUAUUGUAUGUUUCUGAGUUUGUCAGGUGUGUGUGUGUGAAAAUAGUGAAUGUCACCCAUAAACUGAAUCUUAAAGCUGCUUUCCAUCAGUGGAGGAACUCACCUCCACACUUGACUCAUUGAUUCUGUCAGCAUAUUUAUCGAAGCCUCAGUAAAAGCUA